UGGGGUUCCACAAUCGGCCGCUAUUCGGCAUGCUGAAGUCUUGUCCCACGAUAUCGGCACGUUUUCAGAAGUCUAGGUUCCCAAGCAACUGGAGAUGGGCGAAUCAAGGGACUUGCCCCUUCAGUUCUGCCGUAGACUGAACCAAGCUCUCCUCUCCGGCUUUAUCUAUGUUAGACUUGUUUAAUGUGUUUCUGAUCGCUGCUGUGGAAAUGAACACGAUUCCUGCUUCGCUGAAAAGGAACAUUCAUUCCCGAGACUGCAGCGCCCCUAGUGGACAGCCGCGGUACUGCAGACGUUCAGCAGCUCCCCGAAGGUGAAUGGACCUUGAACCGGGAAGUACCGGGAGUUAACAUGGCUUCGAAAGGACAGGUCGAGAGCUUAACCGAAGAGGCAAUUUGUCCCAUCUGCCAGGAUUUCUUCACCGAUCCGGUGUCACUGGAGUGUGGGCACAGCUUCUGCCGCUCCUGUAUCACACGGUGUUGGGAAAGUGGGGAGAGAAUCUCCUGCCCGGAAUGUAGAGAGGAGUUUGCAGACCGCACCCUCAAGGUCAAUCGGGCCUUAGCAAAUCUGUCUGAGAAAGCUCGAAAACUAAACCUGAAUCCGAACGAGAAGGAAAGUAAACUUCACUGCGAGGAACAUGAGGAAGAACUGAAGCUGUUUUGUGAGACGGACAAGACACUGAUCUGCCUGAUCUGUCGAGAUGCGCGGGAACACAAGUCUCACAACUUCAUGCCGAUUAAACAAGCCGUUGAAACCUACAAGGGUCGGGUUAAAUCUUCCUUAGACUCUCUCACGAAAAAGAAAUCGGACUUCGAGGAAAUGGAGCAACAACAGAAAGAGAAGAUUUCUGGAGUUCGGGAACAGUCACACAGCCUUCAGUCCCACAUCACAUCCCAGUUUGCUGAACUGCACCAGAUUCUCACUGAGAAAGAGCAGCGUGCACUCCGAGAUCUCAGAGAAGAAGAGGAGAGGAUUCUGAAUCCAAUGGAAAAAAAUCUUCGAGAAAUUCAAGGGAAUUUAAAUUCUAUUCAGGAGGAAGUCUCAAAGUUACAGGAACGGAUGAGUCAACAAGAAAAUAUCACAUUCCUCAUGGAGGAAGCUCGUCGGAAGAGGAGGUUUUGUGAUGAAGACCAGACAUUGUCAGUGACAGACGGUGCCCUACUGGUUGAAAAAUUCUCUCACCACUAUUUGUUCGACAUUGCAUUGGGAGAAACGUUUGACGGCAUUAAGCGAGUCUCUGUUACCCUGGAUGUGGAAACGGCGCAUCCGGCGCUCGAGGUGUCUGAGGAUCGGAAGAGUGUGAGCUUGACCGGGACCCUGAAAGAUCUCCCUGACACUGGGAAGAGGUUCACAGCCUGGCCUUCUGUGCUGGGAUCGGAGGGAUUCACGUCGGGGAGACAUUACUGGGAGGUGGAGGUGAUGGGGAGUCGGUGCUGGGAACUGGGAGUUGCCGCAGAGUCUGUGAAGAGGAAGGGAGGGGUCACAAGGAGUCCGGAGACCAAAUUCUGGACCAUCGGGCGGUUUAAAGAUGCGAUGAAUGUUUACACCUCCCUUGUGUCCCGUCUCCCUGCCGGUCCCAUCCCCGGGAGGGUGGGAGUUUAUCUCAAUUAUGAGUCCGGGGCAGUUUCAUUUUACAACGCGGAAACCAAGUCCCAUCUCCACACCUUCGCUGGGAAUAAAUUCACGGAGAAACUUUAUCCAUUCUUGUGGAUUAUAUAUAAAAACGAGUGGCUGAGAAUCUGCUCCGGUUCCACUCCUGGUCUGUAAACGGGUCAUGUCCUGGGACCGGUGACAGGAGUAAGUCAGUGUAAAUAUAAAUGUGCGGAGAGUAAAGUAAACACGA